UCAGGCACUCGGUGUUUCGCCUAGCAAAUCGAUUGUACCUCGAAAUCGAUAUUCUUAAACCCAAUAAUUGUUACCAAAAAUAUAUAUCAUGAAGGUAUACCUCAUAAUAGCUGCAGUUGUAGCCGCAACAGGCGCACAAGAAAUUUCCACAACAGCAGAAGUGCUGCAGAAAAUAUACUACAAAUGUGUGGACAGUGAGUCAAUGAUCUCGUGCGUCAAGCCAAAAGUACUGUCGUAUUUGAGCGACGUCGUGAAUUCCGACCGGGUUCCAAUAACUCGCGAUCUCGCGAUAAUUCGAUCCCGCGAAUUUAAUGCCGAUGACAAUCAAGACUAUUUGGAGUACGAGGGCGUGGAUCCUAAGAAAAAAGAGCUUUUGCGUUCAUUGAUGUUGGAAAAACUUGACUCGUACUUGUCCUCGCAUCGGCUGGAAGCUAAAUUACCUGAAGCUAUAGUCGGUUCUAAUAUCGUACCGCGAUCGUUGAUCGAAUCGGUGCCUCGCAGUUUGAGUGUUUCGUUAUCAGACUCUUCCAGUGGACAAGGACGUGGUUUCGUUAAAAAAGUCAUGAUUCCUUUCUUACUGGGACUGAAAUUCAAAGCGACUGCUUUGGUCCCACUUGCGUUCGCUCUCAUUGCUCUGAAAACAUGGAAAGCACUCACUCUGGGUCUCCUUUCAUUAGUACUGAGUGGAGCAAUGCUAAUUUUCAAGCUGACUAAGCCCAAAGUCGCUUACGAAGUGGUACAUUAUGGCCACCCACCUGUUGAACACGCUCAGCCUCACUGGGAUGCAAACUCCAAUGGACCUUACAGUGGAUACAGAAAAUAAUUUUUAUUAAAAUACAAUUUAGAUAAUUUUAUAUUUAUACUUUAAAUUAUGUAGUGUAAUUAUUUAUUUUUUUUUUUUAAAUAAAAAUAAAAUUUUAUAUUUAUAA